GGUGUGCCGGUGUUCGCUGUGGCAGUGGUCGGUGUGGCUGUGAUCGGUGUGCCGGUGGUCGGUGUGCCGGUGUUCGCUGUGGCAGUGGUCGGUGCGGCAGUGAUCGGAGUGCCUGCGGUCAGUGUGCCGGUGUUCGCUGUGGCAGUGAUCGGAGUGCCGGUGUUCGGUGCGGCUGUGAUCGGAGUGCCUGUGGCCGGAGUGCCGGCGAUGGGCGGCACGGCGCUGUCGGGAGCGCUGUGGCUGGGGCUGCUCUGGGCCGGGAGCGGGGCCGGGGGCAGCUGCCAGGGGAAGUGCUGCCAGGGCCGGGAUGCCGCCUGCGUCGGCGAGGGAUGGAGGGAGGGAGGUGGCUACGGGACCUGCUACUGCGACGAAGGCUGCCGGCGAGCCGGGGACUGCUGCCACGACCACGGCCAGGCGUGCCCGGCUGUUCCCUGUGUUGUAGGGGAGUGGAGUCAUUGGAGUGGCUGUGCAGAACAAUGUCAUCCCGGGCUGCGGGUCCGCAGGCGCUAUGUUCAACAGGAACCUAAAAACGGUGGGGAGCCGUGCCCAGCUCUGGAGGAGAAGGCUGGCUGCCUGGAAUACCUGACUUACCAGGGACAGGACUGCGGCCAUGAACACGUCCCUGCUUUCAUAACUACCUCUGAAUAUGCUAAAGAAAGAAAAAGACGAGCAGCAUCUUCUCUCUGGCCUUCAGACAAAGAAGCACCAGGGUACUGUGUGGAGUUCAGGACAGAGUGGCUGUCGCAGCGCUGCGCCCUGGAGAGGCGCCCGUACGCGCGCUGGAUGCAGUACCUGCGCCAGGGACACACCGUGUGCGUGGCCUGCCAGCCGCCCGCCAUGAGCGCGGCCACGCGGCGCUGCUCCGGCGACGGCCACAACGCCCGCGGAGAUAAAAUCUUACACUGGGAAGCAAUUGGCAACUCUCAGUGCCAAGGAACCUGGAAGAAGAUCCGGCAACUGGAACACUGUUCCUGUCCCCUGGUGCACAGUUUUAUUUUUACAUAAAAGUUUAAGAGAUCUUUAAAACGUCAACAAAAAGAAUAAGAAAAUUAACAUCAAUGCCAAGAAACCUACAUAUUUCUGCUGCAUUUUCUGGAGCUUAACAAAUUUUAAAUGAGUCGGAACUUUGGCAGAAGUGUUUUGGGAAAUUUUCUCUGCCUUAAUACAAAAUGCCAAGACAGAUCUCUGUACUAGAACACUAGAAGCAUGUUUUCAUGUUUCUCUUUUGUAAUUAAAGAGUUAAUGUUUCUAACCAUAGUAGUUGCUUUUCCUGAAGUUCUGCAUCUUUACUGGCCACAGCCCUGUCUACAGGCACUGCUCCUACUCAGUAGUGAGCCAGCCAAAUAUUUUCAAGUCUGAGAAUAGUUACUGUCAAGAUUUUAGAGCAAGGAGGGUGAAUAAAAAAGAAGUUUUGGACAGCUAAAACCAAUUUCACUUUAGGUCCUUUGUUCCUCUCCAGUACCAUCUAGACAAUUUUCUGUAUUACAAUUGCAUAAGUAUUCUUCCUCUACACUGCAGUUUUCACCUUCAGCUGCCUUCAUGAAGACAUACACCUAGUCACCAUUGUUAAGGAAUUGGUCUCCUCAGAACUUCAUGUCAAUAAUACACAAUGAAACUUUUCUGGCAGAUGAACCUAGAUAAGACUUUGUGACAAAGGCCUUGGCUAAGAGUAAAAAAGAUUACUUAUUACCAGUUAAAAAUGCUCAUCCACAACAAUUAGCGUAGGAACAUGCAACAUCUGACCAGUGGCAAGGCUGCUAUGCAGGUUGAGAAAAUUUCCUGUUAAGACAGGCAGCAUGUCCAUGCAACAUAAAGACUUUCUGGAAGAAACCAUAGCAUCUCUUGGCAGAAAUGAGGAACGUGAUCUGCUUGAAAUUCUGUCCACAAUAAGAGUGUGUUGUGAAGCAAACCUUUGGACUGUAUUUCACCAUUUUAUUGUAAUGAAAGCUGGGCCUCCAAAACAGAGAUUACUUUAAUAUACUUUCUGAAUGUUCAGACUUCAAGAAUAUAUGUUUUCCUUUUUAAUGGGGGAAAAAUUAUCUCAGAAAGCUUUAUUAUAUUAUAACCAAUUCAGACAGGUGCUUAACCUUGUAAGGUCCUUGGGAAACAAAAACCUUAGCCAAGAAAAAAAGGUACAGAAAACAUCUGAAUUCAAGUGAUUUCCUUUUUAAAAGAAUGCCGUAUUAUAUUAGUUCAAGUCACUAGAUUCUGCCAGCAUGACAGUGGAAAGCAUGAAUUUUCUGAGAUUGUAGAAAUCUCUUCCAAAUGAUCUGAAUCCAGAGAGACAGGCUAGUGCCAUCAUCCAUCUGUUCCAGUCUUCCAUGAGCAGGAAUGUUGCAGUGGCCAGCAGAGACCUUGAUCGUAAUCUCCAUCAAAGUGAAUCUGUACUGUCUCUGACAGUGUAGACUCAUUAUUGAGCCCCACUUUGGCCAUGUUUUUUUUUGAGCUUUCCCAUUCUUGCUGGUCUGGAACAAGUCACUUGUCAAGACAAGGUAGGUGGCACAAGCUAACCAAGAGAUGCUAAGUGCUCA